AUAACAAACUCGUGAAAUUGGCUCGGUAUUCUUCGCAUAGGCACCCGUUUUUCGCUCGGCACUAAAAGGGUUAAGAUAUUCGAGGCUUAUAGAGACUUUCAAGAGUUCUUAGCUUCAAAUCGUACUGGAAUUUUACGCCAUACGUUAUCGAGAAUACAUGUUAGGGCAACAAAAUUGUAACGUAGACGUCAGAAGUCUUCCUAUAUUCGCGUUCCAUUACGUCGUAUAAUUUUUCAAUAUUCAAUAUAAGGACGACAGUCUUAUAUGACGUGUUAUUUAAUAUUCCAUGGAGCUUUUUCUAUGAAAAGUGCAUUGUUUGGUCUUCUCUGGCACGUUUUGACAACGUCUGUCAUUAUUCUGCAGCUUCCAACGGUUUCAACUUUACGAAAACCCUAUUCUCUCUCGAUAAAAUGAAACUUUAUAUUCGGUCGAAUAAAAGUCUCCGUACGCCGUGACUAUCGAUCAGUGAACACUGAAUAAACGUGAAAAGAAAAUUUAGGUAUACAGAGUUAGGUUUAGGAAGCGGAAAAAGAUUAUAACAAGAGUCGGUAUACAUGAUCUCAAGUGGGGUGAAUCACUACGAUGGCUUCUUUUAACACAUGUACAAUUAAGGCAUGAAAUACUCUUAUCUGUCAUUCUUCGAAGUUUUGUUAUCUCUGCUAUUAUUGAAUAGCUCAUCGAGUAGGCUUGCGAUAUGAUUAUAGUUGUGAUCGAUGUUAAAAUAUUUUUUUUGAAAAUUGAUAGACACUGGGCACAUACAGGGCGUCCAUUCUGUUUUGUGCCAUUAAUAUUACGCGUAGCGAAAAAUGUUUCAUGUAGAAUCGACUUUUAAUAAGAUAGAACAAUGGUUGUAUUCCAGCAGGAUGUAGCGAGAAUUGUUUAACCGGUACUCUUACAAGGAGGGGAAAAGUGUAAUUGGUUAAUAAUGGUAAAUGCAGAGCCACUGCUAUAUAUUUCGCGUACACCACAUCCUCUCUCACUGUCAAAUUGGCUUCUGGCCUGGCGUUAAAGUAAGACACGUCUGACACAAUUUGCACGCGCGUAGGUCGUUAUUCGCCGUCAAUUGAGUUUCAUUCAAUUGUACUUGCAUGCGCGUUGUUCCUACUAGCAGUUUACGGUCAAGGUCAUGCAGUGUAAGGAAAUAAAGGGACCGUAAAUAUUGUGAACAAGAGAAUAGGUGUUCGCCAAGAUGGACGCGUUUACGAUCGCUCUGAUCCUCGUAGGAGCGGUUCUCCUCGUCUAUAACUUUAUAUGGAGACGAAUGAACUAUUUCAAGGAAAUGGGAAUCCCCCACGACUGGCCGCUUCCGAUACUGGGCCACAUGGCGCCGAUUACGUUUCAACGCGUACACAUUGCCGAUCACCUCAAGAACGUAUGUGAGCGUUUCUCGGACUGCAAAUAUUUCGGAUUCUACAACUUUAUAAUGCCAGUGAUAAUCGUCACCGAUCUCGAUCUGAUCACGUCGAUCGCCGUUAAAAACUUCGAGAACUUCACCGAUCGUUCCACGAGCGUCGACGGCGAUUUGGACCCUCUGAUGGGGAAUAAUCUAUCCGCCCUUCGUGGCGAUCGUUGGCGGGACAUGAGGAAGCUUCUCAGCCCGUCGUUCACCUCCGCCAAGUUGAAGGCCAUGUUCAAUCUGGUGAUCGACUGCGCCGACAGGUUUUCCGAACACAUCGCCGAGGAAUCGAUAAAUGGCAAGGUGUACGAUAUGAAGGACAUCUUCAGUCGAUACACGAACGACGUGAUCGCGACGACCAGCUUCGGGAUCACCGUCGACUCGAUGAAGAACCCGGACAACGAGUUUUACAAGUUCGGCAAGCGAACUUCCAGCUUUUCGUUCUCUCAGACGAUAAAGAUGUUGGCGGGGAAUAACUUCCCGAGACUAAUGAAAUUAUUACGACUGUCGAUAUUCGGGGAAGAAACUCAACGUUACUUCAAGAACAUCGUCACUCAGACUGUGAACUUGAGGAAAGAGAAGGGUAUCAACCGGCCGGACAUGAUCCAACUGAUGAUGGAGUCGAGUAGUACGUUCGGAAGGGAGCUGACCAUCGAAGAAAUGACGUGCCAGGCAUUCGUCUUCUUCCUGGCUGGUUACGAAGCUGCCUCGAAUUUGUUAUGCUUUACCGCUCAGGAAAUUGCCGUGAACCCAGACGUGCAGCUUAGGUUGCAAGCAGAGAUCGACGACGUCAUGCGUAACACAGGCGGGAAACCCACCUACGACGCUAUCAAAGGCAUGUCUUAUUUGGACGCGGUGAUCAACGAGGCGAACAGAAGGUACCCACUCGGGUUGAUGUUGGAUCGUUUGUGCUUGAAAGAGUUCGAGAUCCCGCCAGCGACGCCUGAUUCGAAACCUAUCACGAUUAAACCCGGUGUUCCCGUGUGGAUCCCGAUAAUGGCGAUUCACCACGAUCCAAAGUACUACCACGAGCCCCUGAGAUUCGAUCCCGAUCGGUUUCUGAACGGUUUACCUCCCCCGAAUGUUUACAUGCCGUUCGGUUUGGGCCCGAGAAGCUGCAUCGCGAAUAGAUUCGCCCUGAUGGAGACGAAGGUGGCAUUGUUUUACGUUUUGUUGCGCUGUAACCUCGAGCCCUGCGCCAAAACCACGCACCCUAUAAUAUAUCAGAAAAAAUCCUUCGCGAUGAUACCAGAGGGUGGGUUCUGGUUGAACGUUAAAACGAGAGACAGCGCUGCUCGCAGGCAGGCAUAAAAUGGCGUUGGUAAAAUUUCGGAUGGAACUGCUUCCGUUAAGUAAAGAGGAAUGUUAAUGAUGUGGUUCGGAAGAUGGAAUAUUGAUUUCAUAGGUUGUUUCCGGGGCUUGAAUAAAAAUUGAUUUAUGUAUCGACGAUCGUCGUUUGAUUAAAAUUUGAAUGCAUUUAAAAAUUUCGUUACAAAUUUUCCCCUUUUCGAUCGAUACCAUCGUACUCCAAAAUGUACAAAUAUUAUAUUGUAUAAUAGGUUGUGGAAUAUUUAUAACAGGUGAAAUAUACUUCUAGUUUUUUCUAUAAUUUAUUAUUAUCAUCCUCGAUGUCUUUAAAAAAUUUCGAAGCUGCAAUAAUUGAUCUCGAUCGGUUUUCCAAGAUUAAUAGCUCUGAUAUUGACUAAUCUAUCGCCACUUGGCGAUAGUUUUUUAAACGAGUCUAUAUCUGAGAAGCGUUCGCGUCAAAUCGGCGUUUCCUUAAAUAGGAUCACGUUUUUCUUAUCGUCGUGGUGCAAUAGCUGAUGUUGAUGCAAGUUCAAUGAUAUAUAACUUUACGUGUGUAAUUUUUGUUC